ACGGAGUUUGACUAUCCCACGCAGAAAAUCUUUAAUGACCCGAGAACGAUUUGUGCCGUUAAACUUGGUCGCCCGGGCCCACUAUAAACAGCAGCAGACUGGCAUAUGUUGAAGCUCGAAUUGAGAUGACAAUCCUCACAGUUACGAAGCUUUCAGAUGAGCUCUUCUUGCGGCCCAUCGUGAUAUCGAUGAACAGCUUGGCUCUCUCGUCCUUCAUGUCCUACGUCAUGUCCGCCAGUGGAAAGCUCGACUGGAGACCGAUAAUCAUCUGCGUGACAUCGGAUGUCCUUGCUAUCGGCAUUGACCAUCUCAAGGAUAAAGAGGAGGUCUUUUCGUCUAACCACAACAAUGCACGCGAUCCACACCUCGCAUGUUGGUUUGUAUAUGCACGAACCUUCCUCACUGCUAAUGCUGUGCUCCUCGCAUUCGCACUAUCUGUAUGCCCAAUUUCGACGGUCCUCGCGACGGCGGCGUUCGUACUUCCUGCCUUGCUUUGGACUACUCCGCUCAACUUCGCGAAGUUCGGGCUGGUUUUGAAGCGCCUCCUCUGGAGGUCUGUUAAAGACGAGGACGAGCACCAGCUUCCUGUGUCCGCGCCUAUUCUGGUUAUCAAACGCAUCCCCGGCAUGAAAGCCAUUUUUAAUGGUAUCAUUCGAGGAUGUGGUAUUCACACUGUUGUCCUAACCGUAUUGUCGAGAUCAGGAAGUCUGGCUGAUACGCUACCGUCUCCGUGGAGUACUGUUCAACUGAUAGUCUGGUCGACCGUCAAUCGCUCAUGCCAUGCAAUCAUGACCGAUGUCCGUGAUUUCGAAGAUGAUAUGAAGACCGGCGUCCCCACCAUACCCGUCUGUCUUGGUUCUAUCCGCAAGACGAAGGUCAUACUGACAGUUUGUCACAUGCUUGUUAUGUUGGCUUUCAUCGAAAACCCAUACAUCACGGGGAGCUGCCUAUUUGCCACAGCUCUGGUGUGGAUUCUUGGCAAAAAUUCGCCGAAAAAAGGCCUUUUUGCUGAGUUCUCAUUCGCAGUCCUUAUUCAUUAUCUGGUAUCUAUUGAAGAAGCAUGCUUAGCUUUUCGCGUGUUGGUCGUUCGAAAUAUUUUGUUCUUGACCGCGAAAUUUGUCGGAAUAUUAUAACGCCAUAGAGACGUUUCUGGGUUGAAUACAGAGCGUGUUAUAUCGACUGUCGUUUAUUGUAUCUAUUGCGCCAGCUACCGGAGACUAGACGGUCAUCAAACAAGACAUUAUAUACU